CACAUUUUUGUCUAGUAAACUCUAGCUAACGCUUUACCCCGCAUCUGUCUGCUCGGAAAACAGCUUCAUCUACCAAAAAUAACUAGUUCAGUUAAUUUAAGAAUAUCCCCGAUGAUGAUGUGUGUUUACUGAGCAUCUGCGUGGCGCGUGAGCGUGGAUGGUGAGCUGCCUCUCAGAAUUAUCUGAAGUUCUUCAAAAAAGUAAGAGAUAUAAUGCUUCUUCAACGAGACGAGCUUCAAUGAAACAAUGAUUUCGUUCAUCAGUGCUAGGUGGUGGAGAUGGAAGUUCCAGAAUACUCUCGCAGUUUUCCUGCUGCUGAUCUGCUUUUUGGUCCCAGUAGCACAGAGCUGCCAGAGUAGCGUCAACUGCACUGUGGUGCUCACCGACUCCCAGGGGUCUUUUACCUCCCCCUGCUACCCCAAUGACUACCCAUCCAGUCAAGCCUGCAAGUGGACCAUACAGGCCCCAACAGGCUUUAUAGUGCAGAUCGCCUUCCUAGAUUUUGAGCUUGAGGAAGCACAAGACUGCAUCUAUGACCACAUCAAUAUCAGCACUGGCACGAGUGAUGCCAAAUUUUGUGGCUUAACACCCAAUGGACUAACUCUCAACUCCAGUGACAAUGUGAUGGAGGUUUCCUUUAAAUCAGACUUUAGUAUCCAAAAGAAAGGCUUCAAUAUCAGUUACAAGCAAGUGGCAGUGCAACUGAGGAACCAGAAGGUCACAAUACCAAAAAGCAGCAAGAAUGUAGUGAGAGUGUCCAAUUCAGUCUCCAUUCCUGUUCUCACUGCAUUCACUGUGUGCUUUGAGAUCGCCCGCACAGCCCAGAAGAGCACAGAGACCAUCUUUACCUUGUCUGAUGCCUCUGUGACAUCCAUAUUGGCAUUUGAGAAGACCGUGAGAGGCAUGGAACUGUUCAUCGAUGGUUCCAUUUGCUCCGUAAAUGACCUGCUCACCAGCUCAGACAUCACAUCCAGCAUGACACCCAUGUGCCUCACCUGGACCAAGUCUACUGGCCUUGUUGCAGUGUACUUUGGAGGCCGAUAUCGAGCCAAAACCUGCGCAACUUCUCAGAUUUACACCUUGCGGAGUGGGGGAGUCCUCCAGCUUGCAGGAAAAGGGUCAAGCUCGGUCAGUGUGGACGAUCAGAAUUUGGAUGGCUUCAUAUACAAUUUCCGAUUAUGGGAUUAUGCCAUGCCCUACUCCGAGCUGUUGGCCCUCAAGUGUGAUGUUGUGGGAAACAUCAUCGACUGGGAACAGCGCUACUGGACUAUCCCAGGCAGUUACACACAGACCGACAGCACACUCAGCUGCAUCUGUUACCCAAAUUGCAUUCACUUAACAACUUCAACUAGUGGCACUGCCUUAGCAACUCUUUCCCCGGGAACCAUGGGUUGUGCUUCCCCUGGACUUGGCUGCCCAGAGGAUAUUUUUUACAGAGUAUCCCUUGUGGUAACUGAUGUACAAGCAAACACCCCAGACAGAGAUGCUAAGACGAUGAUAUCUCAAUGGCUCAAUCAAACAUUUCAAAACUGGAUCUACAGAGUUUAUGUUGAAGGUGUCAGAGCCACAACUAUACGACAAACCUACAUGGCCCUGCUGGUGUAUAAGAAUACCACUGAUGCAAGUCUGGCAGAAGCAGAGAUUGAGAACAAACUGAGAAGUGCCCCUGCAAUUGGAAAUGGCUUGAUAUUGGACAGUGUGACUGUGAAAUUAAUGGAAAACUGUCAGGCAGAGGAGUUCCCAUUCCAUUACAGAUGGCCACAGAGCAGACCCACAGUCACCCAGUAUGUCCCCUGCUUCCCUUACAAAGAACAAAACGCAUCCAGGACUUGCAUGAUUAACCAGUAUGAUUAUACAUCAUAUUGGACCCUGCCGGACCGUGGAAACUGCACUAAUAUAACAAACAUUUUAGUUUCACAAGAGAAUGCAAUGGAAGUGGCCGUGCAGCUCGCUGACAUCACUAAUAAUGAGCUCUCUAAGGAGGAGGUGACAGAGAUUCUCAUCAAGUUGAAGGAACUUGUGAACAUUGCCAAAAUCAACGCCACCCUGGCCAGCACUGUGGUCACUAUCAUCUCCAAUGUCAUGAGCAGCUCAGAGGCCGCUCAAAAGGACGCCUCAGAGACAGCUCUCAGAGCAGUGGAUGAAUUGGUGCAGAAGAUUGAGUUCGAUGGACCCUCACUAGCCAUCAAAUCCAAAUAUCUGGCUGUUGGAGUUUCUGCUCUAAACAUCAGCAAUUUUAAUGGGACAACUUUCAGUGCUUUUAUAGCCACAAACCAGACAUACCCUCAGAUCGAUUUUGAGUCAGAAGCCCAGAAUGCUUUGGCUGUGGUCACUUUACCUCCAACACUACUGCACAACUUGAGUAAUACGCAAUUAGAAAGAGUGUCCAGAAUAAACUUUAUGUUCUUCAGCAAGACAGGACUCUUUCAGCACUUUGGAUGGCUCAUGGCUCGGCAAAGCAAUGGCAUGUCCUUGAACAGCUAUGUGGUGGCUAGCAGUGUUGGUAACUUCACAAUCAAAAACCUGCAGGAUCCCGUCAAAAUAGAGAUUGCCCAUCUGGAGUACCAGAGAAAUCCGAAGCGUCUUUGUGUGUUUUGGGAUUUCACCCUUCAAAGUGAAGGUCACAUAGGGGGCUGGAACAGUGAAGGCUGCGAGGUCAGUUCGGAGUCCAACAGCAACAGGACCGUUUGCUUGUGUAAUCACCUCACACACUUUGGCAUUCUAAUGGACAUUUCUGGAGCUUCUGCACAGAUAGAUGAGAAGAACAACAGGGUUCUCACCUUCAUCACCUACAUCGGCUGUGGCAUCUCAGCCAUUUGUUCCGCAGCAACACUGCUCACAUACAUCGCUUUUGAGAAGCUGCGGCGAGACUAUCCCUCCAAGAUUCUGAUGAAUCUCAGCACGUCACUGCUCUUCCUCAACAUGGUGUUUCUUCUGGAUGGCUGGCUGGCCUCGUACAACAUUGAGGGAUUGUGUGUGACAGUGGCGGUUUUUCUGCACUUUUUCCUUCUCUCUUCCUUCACCUGGAUGGGUUUAGAGUCCAUCCAUAUGUACAUUGCCCUGGUCAAGGUCUUCAACACCUACAUACGGCGAUACAUCCUCAAGUUUUGUCUCGUGGGAUGGGGUGUACCUGCUUCAAUUGUUGGCCUAGUGUUGGCUGUGGACAAAAAUUCUUAUGGAAAAAACUUUUAUGGAAAAGGAGAGAAUGGACAGGGCACAGAAUUCUGCUGGAUUCGUAGUCCGGUUGUAUUCUACGUGACGUGCGUGGGCUACUUUUCCAUGAUCUUCCUAAUGAAUGUUGCCAUGUUCAUCGUGGUCAUGAUGCAGAUCUGCGGCCGUAACGGCAAGCGUAGCAACCGAACACUUAAAGAGGAGAUGUUACGUAACCUGCGCAGUGUGGUCAGCCUGACUUUCUUGCUGGGCAUGACCUGGGGCUUUGCUUUUUUUGCCUGGGGUCCAGUCAGCUUGGCCUUCAUGUACCUCUUCUCCAUUUUCAACUCCCUACAGGGAUUAUUCAUAUUUGUGUUCCACUGUGCCCUGAAAGAAAAUGUACAGAAGCAAUGGAGGAGAUAUUUGUGCUGUGGAAAGUUCCGCUUGGCAGAUAACUCUGACUGGAGCAAGACUGCCACUAAUAAUACCAAGAAAGUGAGUUCAGAUGACUUGGGAAAAUCCCUCUCCUCCAGUUCCUUUGGCUCUACUACGGCCAACUGGACGUCUAAAGCCAAAGCCACACUAAAUCCCUUUGCCAGGCACGGUAAUGCAGGUAAAGGUUUCUCCAGUCAGAGCAGUCCCAAAUGCAGCCCUUCUGACGUAGAGGCUUCCUCGUCCAUUCUCCCCGUCCACCAGGUCCUGGACAAGGUAAAAGGCUACUGCUCCGUACGCUCGGACAACUUCUACAAAAACAUUAUCAUGUCAGACAGCUUUAGCAGCAGCACUAAAUUCUAGUGAGAGGAGGCUGAGAAGAAGCCCUGUUGUUUCCCACAGACUUACCUUAUGUGUAAAAGACUAUGCUACAUAUUGAAUUAACCUUCCAAGCCCUUCCACCCUCCACGAUUGGAGUAGAGAAACACAUAAACUUGUAGAGAGAGCAAGGGUGGAAUUGACAUACUGUGAUAUUCAGCUUAUAGUGUGAUCUGUAAAUAUUCAUAAUAUAUUUUACUAUUUGGGCUUUUUCUAAUUUAGGUUUUGCAUACUCUUUUUGCACAUUACUUUGGUUUUUUGUAUAUAUAAAUGCAUAAAUGCUUGCAAUGGCAGAAAAAAUGGGACCAUGUCACAAUCAAAGACUGAAUGACAAACAUGAGGAGUAAUACUUGUGAAUUCUGCCUUGGUUUAGCUUUUUCCCAUUUUCACUGUACAUUAGUGAACCUUUAAUACUUUUAUUUUUUCAUUAUUUAAAUGCUCUCUAUUUUAGUCUUCACAUGAUCUACUACUGAUAAACAUGUUACAGAAAUGUUUUGUUUGUUUUUACAGUGUGAUCAUUGUUCAGUUGUUUCAGUGCAUAGUUUUAUGAAACUGCUCUAACAGAAGGGCAGAACAUUGAGAUCAGUCUUCUGCAAUUUGACGGUGGGAUGAAAAACAACAGCUAUACACCAAAUCUAACAUGUUCAGAUCUUCCCGUUGCUGUAGUUUAAUGACUUUGCUGUUUUGACUUGGUAUUUAUUUUUUAAUGCUUUUAAGAGAUUUCUAUGCUUCACUGAAGAAAUUGUCACCUGUGGAAAUGCUUACUUAGGGCUAUCCAGUUUGCUCUGGUCAUCAGUGUAGAUCAUCAUUGUAUAGCGGUUAUGGAUGCUUUAUGAAAAUGUGACAUCCUGCAUAUUAAAUGCACUUAAAACAUC